AUGAACACGGAGCGGAACGGACGUAUAAUGAGGAAGAUCGAGCGCAGGCCCGUGAUCCACCCGCGGUCGCCCACUAUGGGCCACGACAACAGCGGCUCACCGGUCACCUGCGAACAGUGCGGAAUGCAGUUGCGUGACUUAAGACUGUACGCGCAACACUUCCGGCGCGCUCACCCCGACAAGAAUCGAACCAAGUACCCCGCUAUGAAAACGCCCUGCAUGUGCGAGCAGUGCGGCCGGAUCUUCCAGAGCAUGGCCCUGCUGAAGGACCACAUGUGGGUCCACACGGGCGAAAAGCGUUUCAAGUGCGACCGGUGCGACAAGAGCUUCACUCAGAAAACAAACCUCGUGUUCCACAUGCGCGUGCACAGCGCCUCGCGCCCCAGCUACGAGUGUCCGCUGUGCGGGAAGUCGUUUGCCUUUUUCAACAAUCGACGCCGGCACAUGUUUAUCCACACGGGCUUGAAGCCUUUCAAGUGCGACACGUGCGGCAAGUGCUUCACGACGGCGGGCGAGCAGCGAGCGCACGUCGAGCACGUGCACCUCAAGAAGCCCUGGCCGCGCCGCGCGCGCGCGCGCCCGCACGAGCACUGCCUCGCAAGCCCUGGCCGCGCCGCGCGCGCGCGCGCCCUCACGAGCACUGCCUCGCGUGAGUACACACACACACGCGCACGUCGAGCACGUGCACCUCAAGAAGCCCUGGCCGCGCCGCGCGCGCGCGCGCCCUCACGAGCACUGCCUCGCGUGAGUACACACACACACGCGCACGUCGAGCACGUGCACCUCAAGAAGACCUGGCCGCGCCGCGCGCGCGCGCGCCCUCACGAGCACUGCCUCGCGUGA